UUCUGAUAGUUGGUGGGCGGAGCAAGGAGAUUAUUGUGACAGGGGGCGGGGAGAACGUUGCCCCAAUACCUAUUGAAGACGCCAUAAAGGCACAGAUGCCGGAAGUGAUUUCUAAUGUGAUGGUUGUUGGAGACAAGAGGAAACAUCUUGCAGCAAUAGUUACCAUCAGGAGUCAGCUGGAUGCCCAGGGCCAGCCUACUGAUAUCCUUCAUCCAGAUGUCAAGAAGUGGGCCGAAAAUCUUGGUGCUGAAGCUGAAACCAUCUCGGAGCUUUUAGAGGAUGAAGAAGAGGUUCGUCUUGAGAUCCUAGCUGGAAUUCAGAAAGUGAACAGAAAGGCAGUCUCUAAUGCUCAGAAGGUUCACAAGUUUAUGAUUGCUCCAAGGGAUUUCAGUCUCGCUGGAGGAGAGCUUACUCCGACUAUGAAGCUGAAGAGACAUUUUGUCCAGGACUUGUAUGCGAAGCAGAUUGACCGCAUGUACGAGCACGAGACCCAGAGCUCUAUGUGGUAAACAAGAAAACUGUAGAGUAAUCAGAACAUUGCCACCAGUCAUCAGCUAGAGUAACUUUAUCAUGAGCAACAGCUUCAGUAUCAGCAAUAACUUCAUUAACAUCAUUGAAACCUAUAUAAGUUUAUCUCUUUGCUAGUUCAGCAUCACAAACAUACUACUUAAAUUCAUUAAAAACUGGAUUUAAGAUAUCACAAACAUAACUGCUUGAAUUCAUUAAAAACUGGAUUUUAAAAUAUCUCAAACAUAACUGCAUACAUUUAUUAAAAACAUCAAACGUCAGAGCUUCAAAUCAUGUGUUUAGGGAGUCCUACUAUCUCCUCAAUCUACGAAAUGAAAAUUAAAAUUCAAUAAUUGUGAUUAUCAAAACGCUCAUUAAAAUUUGAAACAAUCCUUUCUCGAGAAAAUAAUUCUUUUGAAAUAUAAAAAUUAUUUUUAACACGAUCUUUAGCCUAGUUCUUCUUACAAUUAGUUAUGUACUGAUGCAGCCAACAAAUAUUUAAGUUUUCACUGAAAUUAUGCUAAAAUAUAUUUACUUUUUGUCGGAGCUGAACCCUUUCUGUUGAAUUAUGUUAAAACUUAAAAAAAAGAAAUCAAAAUGUAAGCAAUAUGUUUUGUAACAUGUGGUUCAAUUUAAUUUGAGUCGCAUGACCUCCAGCUUUUAUUUAGUAAAAAGACGAUAGUAUUUAUUAAUUACGUUUAGAGUAUUUUUGAUAAAAGAUCUAGAAUUAUGUUGGAGAACUCUCAUUCGGAAAUAAAUUAUUAGAAACAUA